AUGUUGUUCAGCAUCUUGGGUGCUCAGCCCCUUACUAUCGGCGGCAUUACUGGCCUGAUUUCACUCUUCAACGAUACCAUAUACGACAUCAUUGCCCGGUACGAUGUCUCCAUUUACCCACAGUUCAUCUGCUGGACUGCUAUCUGGGCCCCUAUCUUCCAUUGGCUCACGGCGAUUUGGAAUACGUGCGAUUAUAUGCGCUACGUAACCGUAUUCUCUAUCAAGGGCGUGGAAGAACUUGUCAGCGAGUUUUCUUCUCGAGGCAGCAUUGAUGGAUACCUCAAUUGCACAUUCGCCAUUCUAUACUUCGCCACCAUCUAUGUGCUGGAGAAAUUAGGAUCGAACACAAUUUUCAACCUUCCUUCAGGCGCUUUUUGGACAACUACGCUUACUCGUACACGGAAACCAGGGACUAAUAUCCUUUUCCAGAAAGCCAAAAUCUUUUGGGUUAGCUUUGCGCAUAUCCCAGGACAUUUGAGAGAGGCAAAUAUAGGCAAAGUACCCAUUACAAAGGCCUUUCAUCCUACCCAACCUCGUAGCAGGUUGAUAGACUUCUGGGAACUGGACAACAUCAGCAGCUUGACCUCCCAAUCUCGGCAGUUCCUGUUGAAAAACUCAGGAGGCUUCCACUGGGAUUUCUUUCUCCUUGGCUGCACAACCUUUGUUGCCGGUAUCUUAGGUCUUUCAAUGCCCAACGGGCUCGUUCCUCAGGCACCGCUACAUACGGAUUCCCUGACUAUUUACGAAACGGACAUGGUCAAAAUAUCCACCUCUGAGGGCGAGGGCGCAGAAGUCAGGAGACCCAUCGUGAAAGCUACUGCAGUGGUCGAGCAGCGGGUUUCUCACUUCUUCACGGGCCUGGCAUUGAUCGGAACCAUGACUGGACCUUUACUUGUCGUCUUGCAUAUGGGAUCUAUCGAAUCCAAUGGAAUUGUAGAAAAGCUGGUUUUCCUUUUCAAGGAAAAUAGGUUCAUCCAGCGUGACGAGCGGAUGCUCACUGUUAGGAGAUGGAAAAUAGCGUUGUAUAUUGGGCUUCAGCUUUUCGGUGUGCUAUUCUGCGUUGCCGUUUCACAGACCAUCGCGGCCAUCGGUGAGUGCUCUCCCCCCAUCAGCCAACCCCGAUCUCCUGCGAGCAGAAGAGCAGUAGCUUAUUUGUGGAUAUCCAGAUUUUCCCGUCCUCAUAUGCCUUAUAAUACCCAUGCAUGCCGCGCUGAUGCCCAAAUGGUUCGCCCUGAAGGAACUGGAGGUGAUGGAUGA